AUGGCUUCAACAUUACCGGAAGGAGCUCUAAACAAGAUUGUAGACUCGGUGAAAAGCCUCAUUACUCCGGCUAAAGGCACUGACACCACCAAAUCGGCGCAAAGUACGUCACCGGCGGGAACGGAAAAGGUUCCAAUGACAAAUACCGAGCAAACCUUGCACAUGGAGGAAGCAGCGCCGGUUGAGCACGAGACUGUGAAGCGCGUCGAACACGAAGUGGUGGAGACUAUUGUCAACAAAGAUGUUCACCAGGAUCAUUACCACCGCACCGUUCAGCCCAUCAAGGAAAGGGUAGUCCUUCCUACUAAACACAUCUACAUCGAAACCGGGUCUGACCGCGAGUAUGACCACCGAGAUGUAGCGGCGACUGCCGAGGGGUCGCAGAGGGAUGCCCACAGGUAUCCAGAUGAGGGCAGAGUCGAGGAGCCUCGGCGCGCCGGGAUGGUUGCCCCUAACCAGGAUGCAGAAGGCUAUGUUGAGGAAAGGGUCAGGCAUGUGGUGACAAAUGAAACCAUUAUACCGCCACCCAUCGAGACAACUCAACACGUCCACAAAACUCGCCACUUGGCCCCAGGGCAACAGUCUGCUACUAAUACGUCCAAGCCCGGUUUGGAUAGAUCCCAAGAAAAGUCGGCAUCUCCAAAAGACGUUGAUGCAAGCGAAGCACAUUGA